AUGGACUACAUAGUUUUACCAAUCAAUGAUGAGAUGCAUUGGUAUCUGGUAAUCAUAGUGAAACCAGCGUUGGCUGUCGUAUCGCAGCGAAGUGAAGAUGUUGAACAAGCUCGAAAGCGCGGUUCCUCCAGGUUGGAUCCUGACACUUUUAUUGUGGUGCUGGACUCCUUACCGGAUCCAAACGAUGUGAAAAGAAAGUGUGUCCUGGAUAUACUGAGAGAUUACCUGGAGUGCGAAUUGGCCGAUAAACGUGGUCCCCAUGAAGAAGUUUACUUAGACAGAACACGUAUAGGUGCACUGUAUCCUCACGGAGUUCCACAUCAGGAAAACUACGUAGAUUGCGGUCUUUAUUUGCUACAGUUUGCGGAGGUUUUCCUCACAAAGCCGCCUGUGGGAAAAAUGUUGAGGCAAGGUGUGCGUUGGAAAGAAUGGUACCCAUGGUUCGAUCAUUCCAUGUAUUUUAUGCGGGAAAAAAUUAGUCGACGGUUGCAGGGACUGUGUAAUAAGAAGGCAUGGCAACGGUUGGAGGCCUAUGAACGACAACAAGGGCGUGGUGUUAGUGUAGAGACGUCAGCUGUAGUAAUUGAAAAGAUCGGUGCCAGGUUUAUAUCUCUCUGUUGA